AUGUUCUACAUAAUGUACCUCACAGGCCUCUGCCAGCGCCGCCACUGGCCGGACCCACUCUUCCAGACCUACCGCACUCGACUCGGCUACGGCUGCACUGUACGAGUGAACAACAGGGAAUAUUCGACCGAUGUCGAGUACGAGACGGACGAACUGGCCAAGAACGCUGCUGCCACCCGCGCUUACAUGAUCUGCCGCAACUUUUCCGUGAACGACGGCAUGUACCCAGGCCAGCGUCCUGGCCAGGGUGGUGUUGUCCAGGGUCUGCCCGUUGCCAUUGGUACCGGCCGCCGGGGCACCGUCUCGUCCACUGAGUUUGACAGCUCAAGCUCAAGUGGCGGGAACAGUCCCCGCAACUCGGACUACGGUCUGGAGGAUUCGGCCGGUCGAAGGUCCAGCAAGUCCUCCACGUCCUCCAUUUCCAAUUGCAUGUGCGGCCGCGGCACCGUCCGUGCGUACGAGCGGUGCACGUAUUGUCUGCGCGCGGCGGGAUACCGCUGCUAG